UCCUAACGUCCUAAAAAGUCAUAGGAAACGCGGCAAUUCCAACAACCCAUUCCCUUAUUAAAGCCCUCUCUCUCUAUUCCUUCAUAGUUGAGUCAUGCAAGCUCCCCCAUCAAACACUCUCCACUGCCCACUAAUCUCUUACAUUCCCAGAAAAUCAACUACGCCUUUUCUUCUCUCUACCUAAAAACUUCAAAAUGGCACUAGAAUGGGUAGUCCUAGGCUAUGCUGCGGCUGCAGAGGCCAUAAUGAUCCUCCUUCUGACCCUCCCAGGCCUCGACCCUCUCCGCAAGGGCCUUAUCUCUGUCAUCAAAGCUCUCCUCAAACCCUUCCUCUCAGUGAUCCCAUUCUGCCUCUUUUUGCUCUUGGACAUUUACUGGAAGUACGAAAUGAGACCUUCAUGUGUGUCCCUUAAUGCUUGCACUCAUGCAGAGCAUCUUCGCCACCAUAAGUCUGUCAUGAAGAGCCAGAGGAAUGGGAUUUUGAUCGCUUCGGCGUUGCUCUUUUACUGGCUUUUGUACUCGGUCACCAAGCUUGUGGUUCGGGUCGAGGAGUUGAAGUAUCAAGUCGAGAAACAGAAAGAUUAGGAUUUAGGAGUGAUAGGGAAAUUGGGAUUUCGUUUCGCGCUUUUGGAAACCCCGAAGUGGAGGUGAGUUUUUCUCAUGUUUUUGUGAAAAUAAGAACAUGAAAAGCUUGAGAUUGUGGAAUCGAAUAGUUACUCUGUACUGUGCUGUUAAUACUAGAGGAGCUAAACAUGUAUUAUAGAUUUACACUUUUAUGGUCUCGUAUUAAUUCGUAACUCAAUAAAAACUCAAAAGUAUCAAAUACAUUCAUACA